AUUUCAAUUCCAUGGCUGACAAAUCUGCUGAGUAUAUCAGAAGGACCAAUGCCACUUGAGAAGUUAAUCAACCUCGUUUGCUAACCCAAUCUCUGUUAAGUAAUGAUAUCUCUUAUUCUUAGCCAAAAAGCAAAACAAAAUAAAAAACAAACAAAUCUUCCAGGAGCAUCUCAAAAUCUCAAUUAAAAAGAGGUUAAUCUCAAAUUUUCAAUUAAAUAGCAGGUUAAAUACUACUAUUCUCGACCAAACGUGUCAAUAAUGUUGAACUCCGCAACCUUCCAAACGUGACUUAAGAAGGAGCACAGACAUCGUUUCUCGCGCCAUCACUUGCAACUUUUUGAAACAAGAAGAAGAAUUCCAAGUAGGCUUAGUUUAUCUGUUUUCAUCGUCUUCGUUAGAGAUUUAGUUGUAAUGGGCAUAAAGGGUUUAACGAAGCUGUUAGCUAAUAAUGCACCCAAGAGUAUGAAACAGGAAAAACUGGAGAGUUAUACUGGUCGUGAGAUUGCUAUUGAUGCUAGUUUGAGCAUUUACCAGUUCCUUAUUGUAGUAGGAAGAAAUGGGAUGGGAACGCUUACGAAUGAAGCGGGUGAAGUAACGAGCCAUUUACACGGAUUGUUUUCUCGAACGAUUAGGCUUCUGGAAGCUGGACUGAAGCCGGUGUAUGUUUUUGAUGGUAAACCACCAGAUUUAAAGAGGCAGGAGUUGGCAAAACGGUCAUUAAAGAGGUUGGAUGCUACUGAGGAUUUGGCCGCAGCAAUAGAGAGUGGGGAUAAGGAAGACAUUGAGAAGUUCAGUAAACGAACCGUGAAGGUGACCAAGCAACACAAUGACGACUGCAAAGUGCUUCUACAACUUAUGGGCAUACCCGUAGUUCAGGCUGCAUCUGAAGCUGAGGCAGAGUGUGCUGCACUGUGCAAAAGUGGUAAGGUGUAUGCUGUGUCAUCUGAAGACAUGGAUACCUUAACUUUUGGUGCUCCUAGAUUUCUGCGCCAUCUAAUGGGUCCAACCACCAAAGUCCCAGUUGUGGAAUAUGACAUUGAGAAGAUAUUGACAGAACUAAACCUCACAAUGGACCAGUUUGUUGAUUUGUGCAUCCUUUGUGGCUGUGAUUAUUGUCCCAGUAUACGAGGUGUUGGGGAGAAGACUGCCUUAAAGCUUAUCCGUCAGCAUGGUUCUAUAGAAAGUAUUUUGGAGAAUAUAAACAGACAGAGGUAUCAUAUACCUGAAAAUUGGAUGUAUCAAGAAGCUCGCCAUCUUUUUAAAGAACCUUUAUUCUCUUCUGGUGAUCAGCAGUCUGAUAUUACGUGGACCGGACCGGAUGAGGAGGGGCUCAUAAAUUUUCUGGUGGAGGAAAACGGGUUCAACCAUUAUCGAGUUACAAAAGCUAUACAAAAGAUCGAAGCGUCUUCUAAAAAAUCAUCCCAAAUCCGAUCGACUUCCUCCAAACAAGUGGUGAGCACGUCAUUUCUUGAGCGAAAGGAAACUAAAUGCGUUCUUGGAGCUUUUGACCUGCCUGUCAAGCCAAAAGUGUUCUCUCAUGGAGUUUGUAUGCACCCACUUUCGAAUUCAAUUAGCAUCUCAAACCCACCAAUUAUGGAUAUGAGAUCGACGAAUUGGGGGCCGCCAUUCUCCAGAAGUUUCUGCCUCAGUACAUAAAGCUUAAUUCCCCUGCUAAACUUUCAGGUGUAACCAAGACGGGAAACAUCGGAGAAAUGUUGAAACUGAAACAAUGAAGAAGUCACUGGUAUAAAAGUGCAGUUUCUGUGCAGCUGAUUACAUUAUUUAAGCGUCUAAGCACAUUUUACUCUAGUCAGCAGGGCAGAAGAAAAGGAUGGGAGUGAGAAUUGCGUGUCUUUUUCCCAGAACUUGGUUUCUUUCAUUUCUUUUUAGUAAUUAAAUGCUUGAAAUUCACUGGUGGAGGUAACCCUUUUAGUGGGGAUCUGUGGACGUUGUUUUGAAUAGACUACCACUCAUCACUCAACUAUAACUUUUGUAGCAUAUGGAAAUGGAGAUUUCCACUGUUAUGAGUGGGGAAGGUUAUCAUCUUAGUGAAAAAAAGUAACCCGUUACGGGGCCGGCAUGAUUUAUUAGAGGGUGGUAUUUUAAUAAGAUAAAAAGGGUCAUUACAUGGUCA